AUCCAUCAAAGAACUUCCGGCGGAAUCCUGUAAUGAGAUUGUAGUGAGCGAAGGGGAACAGAUGGCUGACGGGAAAUACUGGAUUUACUCUGAAGAGAAUAGCGAGGUCAUCAAGGCUUAUUGUGAAGAGAGCUGGCAAAAGAUAAAUGGUGAAGAACCUGUCUGCUUUGGAGCCAAAGACAAUCAGUAUGGUUCCUUCAACAUGACAAAGAGUGGACGAGUUAAGACAAUGAAGCUUAUUCACAAGUCAGGGUCGGUGCGCUGCAACAAUGUUACUAUUUCAUCCUACUGGGGUUGCACCUGGACAUCAUAUAAAGACAAUCUGAUGACAAUCAUCACAGAUGCCAAUAAGAAGGCCAUUCUGCCACCUGCCGAGGACUUGAAAGCUUUUAAAACUCCCGGUCAUUUUGAUAACAAAGAACACUUUUACAGUCUUCCUAAAUAUCACCAUAAUUCAAUUGAGCUGGUUUUUCGCAACCUCGUCAAUCCUUUGUCUGUCUCGAGCAACAAAGAGAUGCAGAUAUGGUACGGACAGGAUUGGAUAGACCGCGGAGAGGAAGACAACAGCGGUAAAACUUGUGUUGAUGUGUAUGCAUGGUAUGAGUGAGUCUGCCCUCUGGAGACCUUGCCUUCGAUAAUUUUAUAACGUAGAAUAAAAACAUUAGAUUACAAAUGAAAGCCAUUUAUGUACAAGAUCCUGGGUAACAUUUUUAGGAAGACGAACCUGUUCCAAUGUUUAAGGACUGCUGUGUCUUCGUUUCUAUACUCGACGGAGGGAAAGACGGCAGGGAUCAGAAUGGUUUUCACUGAUAUAUCGCUCAAGAUCACGGAGGAAAGCGUGAUAAUUUUCAGUCAAUUAGUUUUGCUCAGCACGGUACACCGUACUAGGUAGCAUGGUACACUCCCAUUGCAUUCAUAGUCGAGUGCCAUUUUAACUGUAUGAGAAGAUUUAAUUUCAAUAAAUUC